AACGGACUGCGGUGAGAGCAGCGACGCUCCGCAGCUCUUUGAUAGGUUUUGGUUGUUUUAAACUGUUAAACCGAGAAACGCGACACGAUCUGGAAUUUAACGAUGAGAAAGAGCGAGGUGCUCGCAGCGGAGGCUGUGUCGUGCCUGAAUAAAGCGCUGUGCCACCUGAAGGACAUCUGGGAGGAGAUCGGUAUCCCGGAGGACCAGAGGCUACAGAGAACUAAUGUUGUCAAGAACCACAUUAAGAGCUUACUAGAUAUGAUGAUCAAAGAGGAGGAGUCUCUGAAGAAGAGGCUCAUCAGCAGCAUUCAGACAUGCAGGACAGACAUGGAGAAGCUCUGUCUGGAACUUCAGCUACCUGUGUUUGAGGAAGAGGAUGGUAUUACCAUGCUCCAGCAAGAGAAGAACAUCCGCACACAGGUGGAGGCUCUGACCAAGGAGAAGACUCAGAGGAUGGAGCAGCUGAAGGCUCUGCUGGAGCAGGACCAGGACCUGUGCGACAUCCUGUGCUCCAUGCCGUAUGGCAUCGCUCCAGACUCUGUGCCCUCACUGGAACAACUGGAGAACUUCCGCCAGCACAUCACCAACCAAAACGCAGAGAAGGUGAAGCGGUACGCUGAGUUUGUGGACAUCAAAAAGCAGAUCAUCUUGCACAUGGAGGAGCUGGACCACAUCCCGGAGACCAGUUUUGAGAAGGAUGUCGUCUGUGAGGAUGAGGACUCUUUCUGCCUUUCCAGAGACAAUAUUACGUCACUCAAACUUCUCCUCUGUCAGCUGGAAGAACGCAAGGCAGAGAACGAAGCGACGUGUGAGACUCACCGAGAGAAGAUCCAGCAGCUGUGGGACCGACUGCAGGUUCCCCAGGAGGAGAGAGAGGCCUUCAACGAACACAUGGUCACAUCCAGAAAGAGGAACCUGGACGCGCUACAAGCAGAAGUUCAGCGUCUGGAGGAGCUCAAACUGCUAAACAUUCGCAAUGUCACAGAUGCCAUCCGCUCCGAGAUCGCUGUCUUUUGGGAAAAGUGCUUCUUCAGCAUUGACCAGCGACAGGCUUUUGCACCAUAUUUUAGUGAGGAUUUUACUGAGGAGCUGUUGAGUCUGCACGAUGCUGAGAUCCAGCGCUUGAAGCAGCAUUAUGAGGAUCACAAGGAGCUUUUUGAGGGGGUUCAACAAUGGGAAGAAAGCUGGAGACUCUUCCAAGAGUUGGAGAAAAAAGCCACAGAUCCAACAAGAUUCACAAACAGAGGAGGGAAUCUCCUCAAAGAGGAGAAACAGAGGUCUGAGCUGCAUAAAAGUCUGCCCAAGCUUGAAAAGAAAUUAAAAGCCCAGAUUGAUGCAUGGGAAAGUGAACAGGGUCGAGAGUUUCUAGUAAACGGCCAGAAGUUCCUGCAGUAUGUGGGGGAACAGUGGGAGCUGCACCGGAUAGAGAAAGAAAAGGAGAAACUAGAAAGGCAUCUCAAGAAGAGCAAACAGACAGAGGAGGAUAUGCUGUAUGGAACAGCAGUACGAACCCCGACCAAACGCCGAUUCCUCGGCACUACUACACCAAAUAAAUCCAGAAAGAUGUUUAACGCAACUUCCAGUAUUUCUAGUGCCACCUCUAACAGCACCAUGCGCUCCGUGUAUGGCGGAACUGUCUGUCGCUCACCUGUGCCCCGCCCACCUCUCUCAGCAAACAAGGGUCCAGCAGCACGGACGCCAGGAGGCGGUAAACCCCCCCACCCACGGCUCCAGGACUGUAACAAAGAGAACGAGGGCCAGUUGAAGGGGACCCCUCUGAGUGGUGCGUUGCUGACCCCUGCUAGCCCACAGCGUAACUUCAGCAUGGCCUCUGUUGCCAGCACAUAUUCAGAGUUUGUGAGGGACUUGGUCAACACUGAAUCUGUUCAGUCAAGCGAGACCUGUCCAAGGCCUCUAACACCAAGAUCCAGCACGACAUCUUGAACUCUACCACCACCAACCUUUGACCUCUCUACUCAGAUGGUGACUGCAUCAGCUAUAAUAUCGUAACCCUUCCAAUGAAGUUCUGAUCUCCCACAAGCUGGAUCGCUAUUUUUCACCGCUAUCUGCUUUUAUAUGUAAAUGAAGGUAAUAAUAUAUUAAGUGUUAAGUCAGUGAUAAACAGGGGACAAGGAAUCGUUUGUUACUGAAUCUUUGCCUUCUCUGUCACUGACUGUAAGAGGAACAAAAUAUGUUUGUAUCAUAAGUUAAACUAACACUACUCUGUCCCUCUGAUCUUGGCAUUUACUUAGAUGUAAUAACUGUUGUCUGCAUCUUGUACUGCACAUUUUUUAAAAUAUAAAAAAGAAAACAAAAGAAAGUUCAGCUUUCUGAAGUUAUGCAAUCUGGGGUUACAGGAAAAAUGUAUUAUGAAUACUUUGCACUUUUUUUAUUUUGAGAAAAUAUACUGCAGUGCUUUGUGUAAUUUUACACACACUCACACUGUUCCUUCCAAAUCUGUUUUUAUACAUGUAUGUAUUUGUGUAUAUGUUUCAGUAUCUGCUGUUCUCUGCAUAGAAACUCACUGUUUGGCAAAGAUGUUGUUUAAACAGGCCGUUAAGAUUGUCAAACUAUGACAUAUAUUGGUGCCGUGAAGCUGUUUAAAUACAGUUCAAUCACAUGGAAUCAAUACAUCAUGGCUGAUUUGUAGAAGCUUAUCAAAAUAUAUUAAAUGCCUUUUCUCUUGAAAAGCACAAGCUGACACUGUAUUUCCUAAAAUGGCAAAGAUUCACUUUUUGAACACCAGAUUAAAGGUUGAGUU